AUGUUUGCCGUACGUGGAGCUCCGUUCCUGUUGAUACUCCUGGCAAUUUUGGCGCCUGCGAGGUUCGCGUCGGGCAUAAACCACGGGAAUCUAGAGCUAGCGGCUACCUCUGGUUCCCACCGUUACGAGGAGGGCGGCGGAAGCGAUCGUUAUGCCAGCCACGAAGACAAAGCUGGUAAUCGCGCAGAUAAGGGUUACAGUGGCCACCACGGCGUCGAAGAAGCCAACAGAGGUCACCGUAGCUCGAACCAAGACUACGGAUACUACAACGAGGACGGCGGUGCAAAGAGUGAUCAUCUUCGUAACGAUGGUUACUACGACGAACAUCACGAAGGUGAGACAAGUGAAAAGGGCGAAGGAUUCCAAGAAAAGGGUCACUAUGGAAAAGGACACAGCACCCACGGUCACCACGAGGUGAAGAAUUUGGACGAAUUUGAGAAGCACAAGGAGUUUCACGACGAAGACUAUGAUUCCGCCUUCGACGAGCAGAACGGCGGUCACCACUACGAUCGCGAGCAGGACAAAGGUGGACACUACAGGGGAGGUUAUCGAGAUUAUGGUGAACAGGAGGCUGACUAUGGUAAGAAAGACUAUUAUCUGAAGGGGCACUACGACAGGGACCAUACGGGACAGGAUAGCGACGAUGCUCGUGAAGAUUACUAUCGCAACGACUAUCGUCAUGGCAAGAAAGGAUCGCAUGGUGAUGGGAAGAAGUGGGGAUACAGAAAGGGGCAUUAG